GAAACACCCACUCUUUUCCUCCUCUAACCUCUUCUUCAUCCAACAACUGUAGCCUCUUCCCAGCUUCCAACGAUCACCAAUCACAACUUCCUAUAGGACGGAAAUAAAACGGGCCUUAGAUACAAUGAGGGGUGGCCCAGUUCAGAUCAAUUGGCACGACACCAAACCCGUUUUAACCCUAGAUUUUCACCCUCAAUCUGGAAUCCUAGCCACCGGUGGCGCAGACUACGAUAUCAAGCUGUGGCUCUUAAGUUCAGGAGUAGUAGAAAAGAAAGUGCCUACAGCUUCUUAUCAGAAUAGUCUUUCUUACCAUGGCUCUGCUGUAAAUGUUCUUCGCUUCUCUCCUUCAGGAGAACAACUUGCCUCGGGUGCUGAUGGUGGUGAGAUGAUCAUAUGGAAGUCACACAAUACCGAUGCUGGUCAAGCUUGGAAAGUCCUCAAGACAUUGUCGUUCCACCGUAAGGAUGUGUUGGACCUGGAGUGGUCUCCUGAUGGUGCAUUUCUCAUUUCCGGAUCAGUGGAUAAUUCUUGCAUUAUAUGGGACCUUAACAAGGGCUCUGUCCAUCAGAUCUUAGAUGCUCAUUUCCAUUAUGUUCAAGGUGUGGCAUGGGAUCCACUGGCGAAGUAUGUGGCUUCACUAAGUUCAGAUAGAACCUGUCGGGUUUAUGUCAACAAGCCUCAAACUAAAACAAAAAUGAUUGAGAAAAUGAAUUAUGUUUGUCAGCAUGUCAUUACAAAGGUGGAUCCUCAAAUGGUGGAUGCGUCCAAGUCUGCUAAAAACCAUCUUUUUCAUGAUGAGACAUUACCAUCUUUCUUCCGAAGAUUAACCUGGUCACCUGAUGGAUCAUUUUUACUUGUGCCAGCAGGUUCUUACAAACUUUCACCUUCAUCUGAUCCAGUAAACACAACUUAUGUUAUUUCCAGAAAGGAUCUUUCAAGGCCUGCUCUGUUGCUUCCUGGUGCCAGCAAACCUGUUGUUGUAGUACGCUUCUGCCCUGUGGCUUUUAGCCUGCGGGGAUCAACCUCAUCUGCAUUUUUCAAGCUGCCUUAUCGCCUUGUUUUUGCAGUGGCAACGUUGAACUCUUUGUAUGUCUAUGAUACAGAGAGUGUUCAACCGGUUGCAAUUUUAGCUGGACUUCAUUAUGCAGCCGUUAGUGACAUUGCAUGGUCACCGGCUGGUAGAUAUCUAGCAGUGUCCUCUCAAGAUGGUUACUGCACUCUAGUGGAAUUUGAGGAUGAUGAACUGGGAUCACCUGUUCCGUUAUCAGAAGAAAAGAAAGUCAUGGGUGAUGAUAGUAAGAGCCCUGCUCAGAAACCAAAGGAUAUGGAGAUUGAAGCAACUACAAACAGAAAUGACAAUGUUGAUGUGGAAGCAGAAAAUAAGGAAAUGAAACAAGCAACACCAAGUUUAGUGAACACUCCUCUACUGAAUAACCCUGCCAAGAGACGUAUUACUCCGAUGGCCAUUGAUUCACAAUAAUUCUCUUGCCUCAGUAAUACUCCCGUCCUAAUUAGCUUGCUGGCAGAUGUAUUCCUCCAAGAGUUGGUGACUGGGAAGUUUCUCACCUUUGUAAAUUUUCGAUGGUCCACAUAUCAAAAUCCAAUUUCUGAGUUUAUCAACCAUUUGUGGCUUUUCCUCAAAUGAUAGUUUUUUAUGAAGUUUGUAUCAAGAAAAGAAGGCAGAGUAUAUCCUCUCUUCUCUCUAUAUUUUGAAAUUCCUGCUUCUGCAAGGCAAUGUAAAAGCCCGGAUCAGCUAGCUCUCCACCAGUAUCAUUUUAACAGGGCUCCUCAAAGAUUGUCAAUAACUGAUGAUAUUUUUUUAGUUAUUAACAUUUAUCAGUGAA